AUGGUGAUCAUGGUGGGUUUACCAGCUCGAGGAAAGACCUAUAUCUCCACGAAGCUCACAAGAUAUCUCAACUGGAUAGGAACACCAACUAAAGUGUUUAAUUUAGGCCAGUACCGACGAGAGGCAGUGAGCUACAAGAACUACGAAUUUUUUCUUCCAGACAACAUGGAGGCCUUACAUAUCAGGAAGCAGUGUGCCCUGGCAGCCCUGAAGGAUGUCCAUGACUAUCUCAGCCAUGAGGAAGGUCAUGUUGCAGUUUUUGAUGCCACCAACACAACCAGAGAACGACGGUCACUAAUUCUGCAGUUUGCUAAAGAACAUGGUUACAAGGUCUUUUUCAUUGAGUCCAUCUGUAAUGACCCUGGCAUCAUUGCAGAAAACAUCAGGCAAGUAAAACUUGGCAGCCCUGAUUACAUAGACUGUGACCGGGAAAAGGUUCUGGAAGACUUUCUAAAGAGACUUGAAUGCUAUGAGGUCAACUACCAACCCUUGGAUGAUGAACUGGACAGCCACCUAUCCUACAUCAAGAUCUUCGAUGUGGGCACAAGAUACAUGGUGAACCGAGUACAGGACCACAUCCAGAGCCGCACAGUCUACUAUCUCAUGAACAUCCACGUCACACCCCGAUCCAUCUACCUAUGCCGUCACGGAGAGAGUGAACUCAACCUCAGAGGCCGCAUCGGAGGUGACUCUGGCCUCUCAGCUCGGGGCAAGCAGGGUGUCUGUGAGGAGAUGACCUAUGAAGAAAUCCAGGAACACUACCCUGAAGAAUUUGCACUACGGGACCAAGAUAAAUAUCGCUACCGCUAUCCCAAGGGAGAGUCCUAUGAGGAUCUGGUUCAGCGUCUGGAGCCAGUUAUAAUGGAGUUAGAACGGCAGGAAAAUGUACUGGUGAUCUGUCAUCAGGCUGUCAUGCGGUGCCUCCUGGCCUACUUCCUGGAUUAGAGUUCAGAUGAGCUGCCAUAUCUCAAGUGUCCUUUGCACACAGUGCUUAAACUCACACCUGUGGCUUAUGGCUGCGAAGUGGAGUCCAUCUACCUGAACGUGGAAGCCGUAAACACACAUCGGGAGAAACCUGAGAAUGUGGACAUCACCCGAGAACCUGAGGAAGCUCUGGACACUGUCCCUGCCCACUACUGAGCCUUUUCCAAGAAGUCAAAGUGCCUUAGCUCUAUCUCCCAUCUUUAAGAGCUGCUAUCCUUGCACAUCUCUUACCUUAAGACCCUGGACUUGGCCUACAGGUCUUGAUUUCUAGCUACAACCAAGGAGCUGUGUAGUUCUGAAUAAAACUUUUCCUUUCUUAAUUACCAAA